GAACAUUGCUCACUACAAAAGCACUGCAACGUCCGAGGCUAGAUUCGACUGCGCAUGUGGCCCCAAAAUCACCUACAGCUUCAUCCUCGCCAAGUGGACGUGUAGUCAAUUCGCCGAACUUUCCAUGCACCAUCGGGAUUUUUCUUGUUUUUGCUGUUCGAGGAAAAAACAAAUGGUGUGAGGGAUUACAUGACAAGACUGACUCACGAAUAGGACACAGUCAGUGUAUUUGAAGAUCCCGUGACUUGCGUUUGUCUGAGCAGCAAACUGGUCAUUAAAAAAAAUACCAUCCAAUCAUAACCAUGCAUAUCAAAACCCCCCAAUCCGCCCUCCUCACCAACCACGAAGUCCUUCUGCAUCUCCUCGCCGAAGAAGCAGAAUACACGGGAACCGACUCGACAAACCGCAAGCGCAAGAAGCCCUCUGGCCUCACUCACGUGCUGCGCGAUGGACUCGCCUACCUGCAAACCCCCGACUAUACCACCACUGCGCUCGCAGAUGCGCAUCCAAACAGGCCCAUGACACUGUACAAAGGACCUAACAGCCUAUUUCGCGCCCUGGCACCAAAGUACCGACUGAACAAGGCGGAGUAUCUGCAGAUUUAUAACUUGAGACCGACCACGCAGGUUAUGCUCGAGUUGGUUGUUGAAGAGGCGGGUACCCGCUUUACAGAAGACGAACUACACGAUAUGCUGGCUAUCAUCCAGCAGGUGUUUGAUGAGGAGGAAGCACAGAUUCCGCAGGGAGUCGAGCAUGUAGACAUGCCCAAGAUAGCAAACAAGUUGCUUGGUGCUGCGAAUAAGAAGAAGAGGAAGGCUAAGAGGAAGGUUUGAGAGUAUGGUGAAGAAGGAGAGGGAGAGGAGAGAAAAAAAAAAUGUGGCGAGUCAAAUAGAGAAGGAAACUAGGAGUAUUUUUUUUUCGGUCAUCCAGAUGGGCAUGAGACUGAACAAUGGAGAAUAAAUCAAUCGACACGGCAUUAAAA